AUGGGACAAACUCUCUCCGAACCAGUCGUAGAAAAACACUCAAAUUCUGGCGGAGAUAAUUAUGUACAAUACGGAGUAUCGCAUAUGCAAGGCUGGCGGAUUUCGAUGGAGGACGCGCAUUGUGCGGUUUUGAAUAUGCUACACCAUGCAGGAAAUCCUCAGAUCAGUUUUUUAGGUGUUUUCGACGGUCAUGGAGGAGAUCGCGUUGCAAAGUACUGCGGUCAAAACUUGCCAGAAAUCAUAAAGAGACAACACUCCUUUUGGAAAGGGGAUUAUGGGGAAGCAUUGAAAUCUGGAUUUUUAGAGACCGACCAAGCAUUAAUGAGGGAUUACGAUAUGCAAGAAGACCCAUCUGGUUGCACAGCUACAACAGUCAUGAUCGUUAAUGACCAAGUAGUAUAUUGUGCCAAUGCAGGAGAUUCUCGAACCGUUCUUUCACGGCGAGGCAUUUCAGAACCACUUUCUUUCGAUCAUAAACCAAACAUAGAUGUCGAAAAGGCACGUAUCAAGGCAGCAGGUGGAUUUAUUGACUUUGGCCGUGUCAAUGGCAGUCUCGCGCUUUCUCGAGCCAUCGGUGAUUUCGAAUACAAAAAGAAUAGUCUCCUUCCUCCGGAAAAACAGAUAGUCACAGCCUUUCCUGAUGUUGUUUGUCAUACCAUCGGCCCGGAAGAUGAAUUCUUGGUUUUGGCUUGUGAUGGAAUUUGGGAUUGCAAGAAUUCGCAGGAAGUCGUCGAGUUUGUUCGAAGGGGAAUUGUUGCGAAGCAAUCUCUGGAAACAAUUGGUGAAAAUUUAAUGGACAGAUGUAUUGCUAGCAACAGUGAGUCUUGCGGAAUUGGCUGUGACAACAUGACUAUUUGUAUUGUGGCCCUCUUGCAAGGUCGCACUUUGGAUGAAUGGUAUGACUGGAUAAGUCGUCGUGUCAAAUCCAACAUUGGCCCUUGUGCCCCUGAUUCCUAUGCUGAGUUACGUGGACCAAAUACCGUAGCCGAUGCCCGAAAUAUACAUCUUGAGUACGAUUUCAUGGCAAAUCAUGAAUAUGGUAGCGGUGAUACUUUUGAUAGUGAUUCCGAUGAUGAAUCUAUUAUCUACGACCGCUAUUUUUUGCAUUAA